AACCAGGCGGGCUCGUAUAAAGAGGCUCGCUCCCCCGCUUUGGCUGCCGCUCUCCCAUUUGUCCCGUCUCGCUCUCGCGCUCGCGUCACCGGAGCUCUCCAGAAGCAAAGGGCCGGGGCGAUCCGAUCCCCUUCGCUUCCUCGUCAACGCUGCCAAGAAAACUUUGAGGAAUGGCUGAAGAGGAUAUCCAGCCCCUUGUCUGUGACAAUGGUACUGGAAUGGUCAAGGCGGGUUUCGCCGGUGAUGAUGCACCAAGGGCCGUCUUUCCUAGCAUUGUAGGCCGGCCACGCCACACUGGUGUCAUGGUUGGCAUGGGCCAAAAGGACGCCUACGUGGGCGAUGAAGCUCAAUCCAAAAGAGGUAUACUGACACUGAAGUAUCCAAUCGAGCAUGGCAUUGUCGGCAACUGGGAUGACAUGGAGAAGAUCUGGCACCACACCUUCUACAACGAGCUUCGUGUGGCACCUGAAGAGCAUCCUAUACUGCUGACCGAGGCCCCUCUCAACCCAAAGGCAAACAGGGAGAAGAUGACCCAGAUCAUGUUCGAGACAUUCAACUGCCCGGCAAUGUAUGUCGCCAUCCAGGCCGUUCUUUCCCUGUACGCAAGUGGUCGAACAACUGGUAUUGUGCUCGACUCUGGUGAUGGUGUGAGCCACACUGUCCCAAUUUACGAAGGGUACACGCUUCCUCAUGCUAUUCUUCGAUUGGACCUUGCUGGCCGUGACCUUACCGACAACCUCAUGAAGAUCCUUACCGAGAGGGGUUACUCCUUCACCACAACCGCCGAGCGAGAAAUUGUCCGUGACAUCAAGGAAAAGCUUGCCUACGUUGCCCUUGACUAUGAGCAGGAGCUGGAGACUGCCAGGACCAGCUCCACUGUUGAGAAGAGCUACGAGCUGCCCGAUGGCCAGGUUAUCACGAUCGGUGCAGAGAGGUUCAGGUGCCCUGAGGUGCUGUUCCAGCCAUCCUUCAUUGGCAUGGAAGCUCCUGGUAUCCAUGAAGCCACGUACAACUCCAUCAUGAAGUGCGAUGUCGAUAUCAGGAAGGAUCUGUAUGGUAAUGUCGUCCUCAGUGGUGGCUCCACGAUGUUCCCUGGUAUUGGUGACCGUAUGAGCAAGGAGAUUACUGCACUUGCCCCGAGCAGUAUGAAGGUGAAGGUGGUUGCGCCACCGGAAAGGAAGUACAGUGUCUGGAUUGGUGGCUCCAUUCUAGCCUCUCUCAGUACCUUCCAGCAGAUGUGGAUCUCCAAGGCGGAGUAUGAUGAAUCUGGUCCAGGCAUCGUCCACAUGAAAUGCUUCUAAGUUCCUGGAGCAGUAUAUCUGUACUUGUAUUUUGAGAUGCAAGAUUUGAAGGUCCCGUGGCUUCUCCAUCAUUCUUGGUUCUUUCUGAAUCCUUGAAGGGCUGUUAGCCAUGGAGCAUUGUGAAUGGUGGUAAAGUCGUACUACAUGAAAUACUUCAGCAGUCUAGGUCGUCAGGUCAGUCUUUUUUUUUCCCGACAACAGCACCGCGUCAGGGCCUUCCUGUUGUAUGCAGUUGAUCUGGGUUUUCCAAGACGCAAGGGUGUCGGCAGCUGUUGCCCUUGCAGUUUGAGUCUUUGAGAGCUUUGAGUUGGUUUCAGCACUUCAGUACAUGGAGCCGAGUUUGCAUUUUGUAACCAACGCCCCGGCGUGGGUGUUGAUGAUUUGUGCUUGUAGGUCUUUUUUUUUCUCUUUUCUUGAGACAGAUGUUACUGUUUGUGGAGGAACAAAUUGUUUAUUCUUAAAAUGUUUUACAUACUGCUAUGAUUGAAGCAAGCUUUAGGGAGUAGUUCAGUUA